UAGUGAAGUAAACAACACCCAAAGUUAUCUCAGUAUCUCCCUUUUUCUCUUUUUUUGCCGUCAAAACGGCAUUAAAGUUGUCGAAAUGCCACAAGGUCGCGUAGAUCCGAGACUCAAGUAUAAUAAGGAUGACACGUACGUCAAUCUGUGCGUGAAAUACUCCGUGUUUGUCUUUAAUCUGUUGUUUUGGAUUGUUGGUGCUGCAAUGAUAGGCAUUGGUGCAUGGGCCUACAUGGAGAAGAACAAAUUCUUUGUGGACAAUCAACCAGAUAUCAACAGCAUCUACGAUAUCAUAUUUGAUGUGUCCAUCAUCAUCAUUGUCGUUGGAGCCAUCCUCUUUAUCUGGUCAUUCGCUGGCUGCAUCGGAGCAUUGAGGGAGAAUAAUUGUUUGUUGAAAUUUUUCUACAUAUCGCUGGCCCUCCUCUUCUUACUCGAGGUUGUCGGUGGAAUUCUUGCCUUUGUAUUCUCGAACCAGGUGAAAGAACGCGUUACCAAGGUGCUGCAAGAGGAGGCUAUUGUCCGUUAUCGUGAUGAUCUCAAUCUAAUGAAUAUUAUGGAUUGGUUCCAGGAGAAUUUCGGCUGCUGCGGUGUUGGUAAUGAUGGUUAUAAAGACUGGGAGAUGAACGUUUAUUUCAACAGCUCUUCCGACAAUCCAAGUGGUGAGCGGGGAGCGGUUCCAUUCUCGUGCUGUAGGACACCAAACAAUCUGGAAGAUGAUGCAGUUCACAUUAACAAGAUGUGUGGGUAUGAGAUGCUGUCAAAAAACCCGAUUGAAGCCGCAAAAACUAUUUACACCGGUGGUUGUGUGUCGGGUGUCAUCAAAGUGGCUGAAGACAACAUGCUCUUGGUUGGUGGAGUCUCAAUAGGAGUCGCUGUUUUUCAGGCCGUUGCAAUAAUACUUACGCGAGAGCUAGACAGAAGCAUCGCAAUGCAAAAAGAAUUGUGGAUAAAACAAUGAAUAAUGUUCUUUGUGUUAUACAAUAUCCAUUCAGUAUUAUCGCAAUUAGCCUGGCCAGAGUUCUUGACACCCAGAUAGCUAGCCAGAAAGAUCGAUGGGUGUAGAGAUAGACAACAGCUGCAAAGAUAACUCUGAUUGCGAUCAUUGGAUCACAGACAUGUACAUGUACUCAUGGCAUGUAUGCAUAUUCACAUGUAUUUGUGGCAUGUACAUAAACUUAAGCGGAAUUAUGGCAUGUACAUAAACUUAAGCGGAAUUAUGGCAUGUACAUGAUUGUACUUUUGGCAUCUACACAUUCUAAUAUGACAUGCACUUGUAGUCACAUGUACUAAUGGCAUAUUUACCCGUACAUACAUGUACUUGUACAUGUACAUAACAAGUGCAAGCAUUAGCAUGUUCCUCUGUCAGUUACAUGUAUACACAUGUACUUAUUACGUGUACAUGUAUUUGUGUAUGUACUCGCAUGUAAUUAUGACAUGUGCUUACGGCAUGUACACACAUUCAAAUGCACUUUAUGGCAUGUACACAAGUUUGGAAGCAGUGUGCCCUGGAUUAAUGAUGAUGAUGAUUCUCACAACGAUGGUCCAUUGUGAACUUCAUCAUCAGCAUUAGUGUCAGGUCCAAAUAUAUUUGUCUGUGAUUUUUAACAGCAUUAGCGUGCAGGGCCCGGUUGUUUUCAACUGCUUAGAAACUUGGCAAGGGUUCUGCUAAAGCUUCGCGACACCCAUGGCGAACACUUUUGAGGUUCUGCUAACUUAGCGGUGGCAUAGCAGCAGCUAAGACUAAUGGAGCAAACUUAGUAGUACGCUAAGAUAACAGUGGCUUUUGCGUCCACCAACCAGAUAGCUGAGCUUUGAACAACCAGGUCCUGAAGUUAAUGUAAAGUUCUAUAGUUAAAUGCUUUUCAAUGGAAGAAAUGGAAAUGUACAUGUUCUACUCGCUGAUAAUUCAAAUUAAGGUAUUGAGAGAAUGAUUUGUCCUGAAUUGAAUAUCUCAUUUGUUUUCAAACAGACGUGUCACACAUUAUUUCGAAGGCACUUUUGUGCAAAAUCAGAUCAUGGAAAUGCAUGUACCGGUAGCUGAAAAUCUGUCUAAAAAAUGAGGCGCUUCCUUUCUAUGGCAGUGCAGGUCUGUGUUAUUUCCACUGGAAAGGCGGUCCCAUUUUGAUGGCAGAUUCAGGGCGGGGUGCAAGAGGGGUGUGCCAUCCACUUUCUUCGGAGACAUUUCCCUGGUCACUUCUUCACAAGAAGCAUUUUGAAAACCAAGGAAACUUAUACUCCCAGUGGCAGAUUCAGGGGGUGGUGCAGGAGGGGUGUGCCAUCCACUAUCAUCGGAGACAUUUCCCAGGUCACUUCUCCACAAGGAGCAUUUGGUUCUAAAUUUAGCCCUCUAGUGCCUGGAGAACUCAUUUCUAACACUUUAGUCUUCUAUAUUUGUUUCUGAGGGAGGGCCAAGACCCUUCUCGUAUCCAAGAGCACACCUUUGGUGCUCUCAUUAUGUGCUGCACUCCUUUCCAAAUUUUGGGAUCUGUCACUGUAGGCCUUCCCAUGGGGAGUCCGUUUUCAAGUCUUCCAACAGUAUUGCGGGCAGUAUUGUUCCUUUUAUCAACUGCUAGUCAUUUAUAAAGAUUCUAUACCACAUUCUAAUCAAGAUGCUGAUUACAAACUACCGCAGUACCAUUCUAUACAUCAAUAAAACCAAGAAUAAGUUGUCCAAUUCUUGAUAUAGUGGGACCUCCCUUAGCGGACACCUCCCUCUAUUAAGGACACUAGUUUUGGUACCAAAUUGGUAGUUUUCAUUCAAUUUGACCUCUCUAAUCAGGACACCUCUCUGAUAAGGACAGUACCUGACAGUCCCGAUGGUGUCCUCAAUAGAGUGGUUCUACUGUAAAACUACUCGAAAUGUAUUCUUGCCAAUAUUCUAGAAUGCAUGCCAAAGUAAAAUCACUUGAGAGACACGUGGAAAACUAGUUUGAUAAAAAUACUAUAGAUGGCGACACUAAAUAACAUUUCUUUUGGGUCCGAUAGGUGUCGCCAGUGCUAACCACUGGCUAUUGACCUCCCGUCAGUGUACCGUAGGUCGCGCGCAAUAUACAGGCAACCUUUGCGGAACAUAGAGCGAGAAGCGGUUACUGGCAAGGCGUGCCCGAGACUACCAACUGGUGCUUACGUUGCUAGUAACUGACUUGUUUGGCGACCGGGAAUUGCUAAAAUUGAGAUUGACACGUUUUCACUGUUUUCCGGAUUGAAAAAUCAUUGUCUUUCCAGCAAUUUAUUGUAUGGAAACACUGUAAUAUGGGGAACAACCAAAAUAUAACACCCCUUGCAACACGGGAUUCAGAUCAAUAUUACCUUACAUCAACGUGAUAAGAGGGUACACUGGUCAGCUCAUAGCUCCUGUUCUAGCCACUACUUCCAGCACUUCUUGCAAUGACAGGGGAAAGUGGGCUGGCACUGAUGUACGGAUUAAUUAAAGGGACAACUUGGGUAUGAGAUACAUUGGUUUUUUCAUACCAAGUUGCUUCCAGCAGAACCGUUGCGGCGCCUGGUAGCAGACAGACGUAUAUAUCCUCCGGGCAAGGUAUUAAAAUCAAACGCCCAAGUUGUCCCUUUAGGAAACUGUUCAUCGCCAAAUGUCCGUUCCUCUUUAUUUUCAGUAUCGCUAAACAUCUCAGAUUUAUUUUAGUGGAUUAUGAAAAUUCUUUGGGAUUUUUGAGUGAAAGGGUAUAUUUUUUCAAAUGGAGCAUAGUUGCAAAACCGCCGAAAAAACCGCGGGAAAAACCCGCGAAUUUACAUCGUGAUAAACUCCUGUAAAUAUAUGCGUAUAUUGUUAACCGAACACAAUUUUUUUUUUAUUAUUGAUUUGUGUGUAACAUACAUUCAAUCGAGAGGUGUUUUCCACGGUUUAUAUAACUUUUAUGAAAUAAACUUUAAUAAUAUUCUUAAA